UGGUUAAGGGACUUCAACUAGAGGAAAACAAGAUGAAUGAAAGGAAGGAAUUCAUCACUGUGUGGGUACGUGACCCGAGAGUCCAGAAGGAAGAUUCCUGGCAGUCCUUCGUAGAUUAUGAAAUCUGUGUUCAUACCAAUAGUAUGUGUUUUACAAAGAAGACAUCCUGUGUCAGAAGACGUUAUAAGGAAUUUGCUUGGCUUAGGCAGCGACUACAAGACAAUGCAGUGUUGAUGGUGCAAAACACGUUACCAACAGUCACACACAGCACAAGGCAUACAGCACAUAUUAAAUAUUGGUAAAAUACGUCACGCAAAAAAAUAGUCAGCCCUGAGUCCAUGAAUGUUGCAGCAGUCUGCCCCGGAAUACAGUAUGGCUUGUUGUCUUCUGAGCGACUGGUUACGACCACCUUGGGCACCGUGACACACCACUCCAGCACUCUAGUGGAGCACACCGACCACUGCCUCCCUCCUGGAAGUUUACCAGAGAUUCCUCCUAAGAUCCCCUUUUUUAGUGGCAGCAACAGCCAGCUUCUGGAGCAGCGUCGACAAGGGCUUCAGGAAUUCCUAGAAAAAGUACUACAGAGCAACAUCCUCCUUUCGGACAGUAGGUUGCAUCUCUUCUUGCAGACGCAGUUGAGCACCACGGAGAUUGAGGCCUGUGUCUCGGGCCAGACUGACUACACGGUUACCGAUGCUGUUCACAGACACGCCUCAUCCAACCGAAGGUUCCCUGCCGAAGAAGCAUAGAGAGCAAAUGUCUAUUUAGAUUUAAGUUGAAAGGUUUUUAAUCCAACUGCAUUUUUCAACAGAAGCAUUGUUAAUUGACCUCAUUGUUAUAGAGCUGUGACAGCUCGUCAUAGAAAGCUGCUCACACCUACACACAGAGUUAAUGAAUGCAGUGAAAAUUCAAUUAUCUGUAUUCUGAUUAUCUGAAUUUCAUUUUGUUAGACUUGGGUUAUUUCCUUUUAAAUUAUCUAGCAAAAAAUAUCAGACUCUACUGCAAACACCUAAUUAAAAGACCAAAUUUCCUGUCUGUCUGAGACUGGAGAUAAUUAAGGUUCUCCUCUGUUACUCAGGCUUUAACUGUGUUGUAGAAACCAAUUUCCUCUUUAUUAUUUUAUUUUCAUCAGCACUUCAUCCUCGGGGCUUGGAACUGGCAGUAGUGACAACAAUGUGAAGUCGUAAAAGAUGAAAAUUGCAAGGAUCUGUUUUUUUUUGUGGCUCAUUUUCUAUUUGGAGCAUGUGUUCCAAAUCUGCAGUCUAGACUGUUGUUCUCCAAAUCUAAAUCAUCCAAAUAGACCUCAUUUGCAAUAGAAAUUUGUGGAAGCUUGUUGCCCGAUGCACUGGGUUUUUUUCACGCAGAUAGUGAAGUCUGACUCUGAGCCAAUUGUACUUUUUUAAAUUGCAGCUUCUGGAAUGAAGAGGGAAGAAAAGCCUUGAGAAAUUUGGUCUUUUUUUAUUUUUCAGGAUAGGUUUGGUUGUAGAAAGCACCAAAAAUAAAUGACUAUAAUGAAUUAGAGAGAAAUCUGAGUGUAACAGAAAUCAUAAAAUAUAGAAAAUGCUAUUUUCAUAUGUACAUGUGUGUAUGUGUAUAUAUAUAUAUAUACACACACACACACACACACGAUAUCUUCAUAUCCUAUUUUUUUUCUGAACAGAGCUCAAACAUGAAUUAUUUAACUGCACCAUAUGUGAGGUGUGAGUUUGUAUUCCACAUUCUAUUAAUGACAAUCCCAUCCCAAAGUUCCUAUGGUUGGUUUUUAAUACAAGGGCUGUUGGAUGAAAAUAUUGUUGUUGCACAUGGGCAAUGCCAUACAGUCAAUCAUAAAUCACUCACGGAUUAAUUUAUGGAAAUUAAUCAUUCAGUGUCUUGAUUUAAUAACUUAUUUGCUAUCCAAACUAUUGCUUUCAGUCUGUGAUUUUGUGCUGUAUAUGAUUAAAGUACCAAAAUUCACUGUGGAGGGAAAAUAAAUGUAGCACUUUUUCUGGUGUUGCUUUUCUGCUCCAUUGAAGCAGUUUAUAUUUUUUUGAAAUCCAAGCUUUUUUUUAAUCACUUAGUGUUACAGCAUUAAUUAGAGCACUGUUGGUUUACUGCACUUCUGUUGAGUUUUAUCCUGAAGAUUAAAUUGGCAUUGUACUUGACAAGGUGGAAAAUUGACCGUUUGAUUUAGUGAUCAGAGCAAUGUUUUAUUUAACUAUUUAUGAGGAACUUUAGUUGGGAUUACCUGGUUUGGCUCUGUUCUGAAAGCAUUCCCUUGCUUCUUCCAAAAUUUGUUUUGGCCAUCGAGUUGCUAAGUGUCCUAGGCAGGGGUUCAUAACCUGGAGUCCAUAGACCCCUUGGUUAAUAUAGGGGUCCAUGGCAUAAAACAAGUUGGGAAUCCCUUCCCUAGGGUCACAUCAUAAUUCUAUUUUUCUCCUGACUAGGAUGGUAGCAUCUCUGGGUAAAGGAAUAUUGGCCUGCUGCUUAUUACUAUCUAACAAUCCUUGCUUGAAGCGUACGUGUGUUUCCAUUGUUCUGAUACCGAUUGGACAAAAACCAACAGAAUAAAUAACUGGUUUCCAUGCUUCAUGUGAAAAUGGCCAUUUGGCUGAGAAUAACAAUGAGUGAGCACCACUUACGGAACCUUGUCACAGUGGGGAGUUUAUCUUUAAGGAGUGGAGAAAGUUGUAUCUCAAACUUAAAAAUAAUUAAUUUUUUAUUUUAGGUUAUGUUGUGCCCAAAAUGUUAUACUACAUGUUAUUUUUUCCUCUCUUUUGAUUGUUAUGAAGCCAUAGCUUCCCAAUUCUUUAAUUGCCCAGGGGAUGGGGUACUUUGGUUUUCUUUUGCAUCCUGAAGGAAAUUGACGUGUUACUACCUAGUUUAUAUUGCGAUUUUGAAUCCUCCAUAUUGAAGUAAACUGGCUCUGAAAUGCUCUUCGUAUGUAUCCUGACCUGUUCAGUAUUUACAGUAUUUUGUUUUUUAAUAAACUGAAAUUGAGGUCUCUCAUUACCGAGAACACCUUAUUAAAGUGUAUAAUUAUACUAUUAUUAAACUCUGGUAUUGGGAUUUGGUAUUUUUUGAAUAUAUAGUUGUUAAUUAUUAUGUAGCCUGCUGUGGCGUGAGAACUCAGACUGUUCCAACAGGGUUAGUUUUGCAGUAAAUGGGAGAAUGAAUAAGUGCCAGAACUUUACUAGAUGUCUGGAAUGCUGUACUUCAUUUGGAACAAAAGUGUUGUCCUUUAAUAUCGAUGUUCAUGGAAUUGUGCAAUACUGUACUUUAUAAUAAAUGAAUCAA